GGAUCACGUAUACUGGCACACAUUUCGCGGAGUCUUAUUCUUUGUCUCAAUGAAAAUCGUCACUACGUUUACUACAACGACCUGGCCACUUACUACCUCUCGUGCUUAUCUCUUCGUCGUCUUCUUUUCGCAAUUGUAGGACUAGCAUCACAUCUGAUCGUUGUUCUUUUGCCAGCUUCGGCUGAACGACACUGGCAAUCAAAAAAUGACGGACCUUCAGCAAGCGACCAAGUGCCCGAAGUGCCACUCCAACCCCAAAGACAGGUAUCAACUUUUGCUGACUCUUGGUUUUUAUCGGAAGUUGUAGUUGAAGUAUUUCAACAAACCAUGACCAUGCAUCAAACCUGUAGAAAACUUUCCAUGAGUAUAGUUCGACGACGAGAAGUAUUUGAAAUAGCUGACUCGUUAUAAAGCUUGGCUUUUUCAAAAUUCAUAUUCUCUCUAACGAAACACUCUCUCGACAGGGACUUCCGCGAGUGGGAAGACGAGCACUAUGCAAGCCUUGGCUUCGCAUUGACCGGAGCAAAGUGGCAGGUAGAUUCAGCAACUCUAUUGGAUGGAGAUUUAGGCUUUGUCUGUGAUAUUUGUGGUAUCUUGCUAAAGAAUUUAGAUAGCAAAAAGAACGUGAAAACUCAUUGUGCCGCUAAAUAGUUUUGAUUUCCCUGCUGUCGAUGGUAUGAGAGUCUUUCGUUACUUCUCUGAGAAUUAUUGAUGACUUUUUUAUAAACGUAGGAAUAGAUUUGGUAGCGUCGAAACUUUUAGGGCUUUCAAAGAACUAGGGCUAUUCUUAUCUGAAGUUAAUUCCUGGCAAUUUUAGUAUCGAUCAUCAAUCAAGGCAAUCCAGCUGUUUUCACUUAAUUCCUUACACCAUCACAAUUCAUAUCAGACUACUACGUUUUUUACGUUCGCGGAGACGGAUAAAAUGUUGCAGUGCCUUAUUUGCCAGAUGCUAAAGGCGGACUGGAAGAAGCUGCAACUUAUGCGUGGUCGACUAUUUCCCAAGUAUCUUCUUCCAUUUUUAGACGAUAAGAAAUUGGAUUUCAUCACCCCAUACGCCUUUCUUCUAAUAAAUGCAUCGUGGACCUGAAGGCGAAGGACCUGAACUUAUGGCAAUCAAACAGAGUUUCUAUGUAGCAACUACCGGCGAGGCUAUAUGUGGUAGUGCACACAUUCAGGGCCUCGCGCUCUUCAUCGACUUCUUAUUACUGACCUUUGAAAUUUUUGACAGAUGUUCUAACUUUAGCGUUGAAAAACACGCUGGCUCGCUACGCGGGAAACGAAAACGGCCUUUUUAUGACUUCAGCAAGUACAUCUUUAUUGUCUUCCCCCCUACCCAUAGGCCAUGACUCAGGGAAGAGUAAGAGGUCUGUGAGUCAAGGUGUACUGGCUAGGAUGAAACGUCUAAUAGUAUCCACAUGUGUGAAUCGGUACUGCCAACCCAUUUUUGGGGGUUUACAUUCGAGUUGUUUUGUCAGCAGUGGCUGCCGCUAUGGAGUAUGCGAUUAAGGACUCUGAAGUAUGACUAGAUAGGAACGUGUAGCUUGCAGUAUAGUCUUGGCAAAAUAAUUAGGACUGCAUAGCGAAAUGUUGAAACUUUUGUCUUGCCAGUUAAUGACCCUCAAAGCGGAUCUCGAGAAGGAAUUUGGCGACGCCGUCGAUUGGAAUAGUAAAAUUGCCUGCGCCCGUCUCUUUCGCGACUUACCCAGUGAUUACGGCUACCGCUGCAGCAUCCUAGAUAAGACCCUCAGCCAUUCGCUGCACACUGUGUGUGCAUGUGGCAGAGUCAUAUCUGGCGUCUAGGAUGCGAGCGGUAGCGCUAAGAUGAUUGCUUCAAAUGGCUGUGGGAGAAGGAGGACGGUUCUCAUAUGAUUAGUCGUUCGAUCUUGUUUUUUUCUCUGCAACCUUUGCGUGUAGGAACAUUUAGUAUAGCGGUUGAAAAAAAAAGAUAUGAUAAAAUGUCAUUUAUACCAAAAUGUUGUUCUUUUGUAAGUAGUUCGCAGUGGAAAUAUGGAAAGUAUAGCAGAUUACUUUUUAUUGUUUGAUCUUAACAGCGGCAGCCGAAAUAGCAGCCCGUGAGGCUCGGGAACGUGCUGAGGAACAGCAGCGCUUGGCUCGUUUUCGAGAGCAACAGCGUGUGGCGGAAUUGGCGAAAAUUCAAGCCGAGGAAGAUGCAAAAGAGGAGGCUGACAGGAAGAUGCGCGCUCAGCAGCAAAAGAUCGAUUACGGAUGAUCACUACUGCCUAUUCAGUGACCGGGAUUAAAUGAAAUUGAGUUUUAAACUAAAGAUGUUUUCGAUUCCUCAUCAUAUACGACGAAGUAGAUCCCUCAUUUUUGGAUCCUAGACAAAGUCCGCCAGUUUCUAAUCCAUAUCUCUGCUGGCCGAAAAUCGCCGUCUGCAAUUGGAGAAGGAGUUGGAGAAGGAGGCCGCGGAGUUGGAGAAGCAGGCUGUGGCGAAGUUGGAGAAGCAGGCUACUGCGGAACUUGACCAGUUGGCUGCUGCGACCACUCCUGUUGGUAUUUGCGCAAAAAUGAAAAAGGAGGAUGUCGAAAUUGUCGAGGAGAAAUUGCCGGCGAGCCCCAUGUCCUACUACAAGCAUUCGUCGCCAAAAAAAAAGAUGAAUCCCAUGAAGUACUUUUUGCUUCUUUCUUAUAAUGCAUUGACAUCGACGCUCGAUCGUAUUUUAGGUCAAUUUCGGCAAACGACUUGAGCUUCAGUCUAUUGCUUCUCAGCCUAUCCACUAAUUUUGAUUUUUCUCUUCUCAUCUACCUAGAAUUAGAACUACACUCAUAACUACAGGAGCCCUCCGCAUAUUCAGUGCCUUGAUGAGGGUGAAGGAAAGCUCCUUGUCGAGGGUCCGGUCGCGACUCUAUUGCCGGGUGUCACUACCGCGAAGACGAUGGAAGGUUCUGCUGUCAAUUUGAAGAAACGCAUCGGAAAGCUGAAGCGCCGCAGUGACGAAUUUCUGUAAUACCGUUGUUGUUUCUUGAUUCCGAUUGUGAUGCUGCUUACGAGGAUCGUGAUCACAUGUAUUCCUAGUAUUCUGUGCAGUUCAAGAUAUUACUGGAUCUUCAAUCUUCAUCGGCAGGCUUUCCUUUCAAAUCGAUUUUCUCACUCACCACUUCUGAUAAUCACAUACUCCAGGCAACAAGAAGAUGAGCCAAAGAAAUCGAAGAUGGCGGCCGAGGUUGUCAAGGCUGAGAUGAAGGAGAUCAUGGUUACCGACGAAAUCAUGGGUAUGGCCGAGAAAGAUAACAUCGUGAGGCAGGAAUCUGGUAAGGCUAUGGUCGAAGAGCUUGUUGGGGCGGAGAUCGAGCAGUCGCUGUCUGGGCAGGAAAACGAGAGUCAUGAAAUUGCUAUCACAACCAGCAAUGUUGAAACCGAUAAAGAUGAUGCAGAUUACCAGGAAGAGUCCGAGAAAGGAAGCGGCGGCAAUGACUCUGAGGGGUCCGAUUUUGAAGUACUUAUGUUGUCGAUUUUCUUUGCUGCAAGCAAUAACGGGAGAAAAUGAUGAUGAACUAUUUUUCAGAGAUUCUCGGACUAAAUUCUUCAACCAACGACCCUCGUCUACUUUUUACCUUUCAACUUCGAACCAAAAUCUAAACCAUAAUCCUGUGAUCACGAGGAAUCCCAAUCCGAGGCGCAGAAAGAAGAGUCGCAAGUCGAGGCUGAACAGCCGGUGGUGGAGGCUGAACAACCGGUGGUGGAGGCUGAACAGCCGGUGGUGGAGGCUGAACAGCCGGUGGUGGAGGCUGAACAGCCGGUGGUGGAGGCUGAACAGCCGGUGGUGGAGGCUGAACAGCCGGUGGUGGAGGCUGAACAGCCGGUGGUGGAGGCUGAACAGCCGGUGGUGGAGGCUGCCCAGGUGUCAGACGUCGGCAACAAUGUUGUCGCCAUGGAGGUGGAGGAUGAAGACCUCUAAGUAAUUACCUGUUCUAGUUUUUUUGCUUUGUAGUUGAAGUUUAAAACCUGAGUAUUAAUGUUUUGUGGAUUCUUUGUUUUUGUCGGAUUUAUCUAAUAGGAAUAGGAUGUAGCCCUCGGUGUUGAUGAUCCUGUCAUACCUAGGGGCAGACGACAAAAACCAACAGUUUAAAGCUUUUGGUUUUGAGGUAACAUUUUGAUUGUUUUUUCUUCAUCAAUUAGAGAGUUUCAAAUGGUCACCUUUGUGGCCAGUGUUGUAGCUCAGACAGUUGCACCAUAUGGACAUCGUGCUACGCAUCUAUUCGAAUACAAAUACUCGAUCUAUUAGUAGUCAGUCAACAUUUCUUGAUUGGGAUUUGGAUGGAGAUUUGAUGAACAAGGUUGCAGGACUUGACUGUUUCCACUGCAAAAAAAUCCAGGACAUGUCUUUCGUUGGGGUCUCGGACUUCUUCAUGGUACCCAUAACAGCAUUUACCAAAUUUAUCUUUAGGUUAAUGCGGCCGGAGAGGAGGAGGUCUAUCAAGUGGCUGCUGGAUAGACGGAAUGGAUCCUGGGAUGAAAAGAAAAGCGCUUGA